UCAAUGCGCUUGAAGGCGCGCGCUUAAAUAGCCGGACUCGUUUCUGGACCAAAGAAAGAAAGCAUCCCUUUGAAUCCAAGGAGAACUGCAUUAGCCUACACAAUGAUGCUCUUUUUUACGGUGAUUCUAGUCAGUGCUGAUGCCAGUAUGGCACUUCACGCCCAAACUUUCAAAAAAGAUGAUCCGUACUCCGGUCGUUCGUUAGUGUGUGAUCGCUGUCCACCUGGAACGUACCUCCGUGCGCCCUGCAGUGCCACCCGAAAGAGCGACUGUGCGAAAUGUCCCAACGGGGCAUACACAGAAUUUUGGAACCACAUCUCCAUGUGCCUGCGCUGCAGCAUGUGCGCUGAGAACCAAGUCGUCAAGCAGGAGUGUUCUCCAUCCAACAACUGCAAGUGCGAGUGCAAGGAGGGUUACUACUUCAACAAGAGAUACGAAGCAUGCAUCAAACAUAAAGAAUGCCCCCCUGGGUAUGGAGCGAAUACUACAGGUACACCCCAACAAGAUACAGAAUGUGUGCAGUGUCAACCCAGAUUCUACUCUAACGUUUCCUCGGCAAAUGCAAUCUGUGUUGCCCACUCAAACUGCGAAGCUGGUGGACUGCGCUUGGUGCUGAAGGGCAGGGGCUGGCACGAUACACUGUGUGCAUCAUGUGAUGACCUCAAAACCCGUGAUGGAGCUGAAUAUCUACAGGAAAUCCUUCCUGCGUUCUUCAUUCAACUUCACCAGAAGAUGGGCAUUCAGAGAAUACGUCGGUUAGCGAUGAGGCUGCCGCAAGAGGGAGGCAAGAAACCGCUCCGAGGAACAGUCAUGAAACUUUCUAGGAGGGGUCUUAACGACUUUAUGAACAGUUGGGACCAAGGUGCAGGGAAAGACCAAGUUAGGAAACUUCCGGAGAUGUUGAGGAAGACAGGGGCCCGCAAUGCAGCAGACAAACUAGAGCUUAAACUGAAAUAUAUAGACCAACAAUUCAAACUCUGUGAAGGGUUAGUUGAAGUAGCCUAAAAUGGGUUAAAGUAGCCUCUCAUCCCCAUCUUCUUAAUAACAUAUCUUGACAGCAAAAAGUAAUUCAGUUCAACAGUUGUCCAUUUUAGGUUCAUAUAGGGUACGUUGGGCUAUGCAGUCUAGCUCAGGGUUCCCCAAUAUGUGGCCGUGAUUUUAUUUGGCCUCCCAAGUCUUCUGAGCAAAAAAAGUCAUAAAUAAAAGUAAAAAUUAUUGGAAAAUUAUGAUAAUUAUCAUAAAUCUAUAUAUGUACACUACCGUUCAAAAAUGUUUGGGUUCACUUAGAAAUGUCCUUGUUUUGGAAAGAAAAGAAAAUUAUUUUGUCUAUUAAAAUAACA